AUGACGGAAGAAGAAUGGCGAAGUCUUGGUGUUAAGCAAUCUCCUGGAUGGGAACACUACAUGGUUCACGCUCCCGAACCUCACAUCUUACUUUUUAAACGUGAAAAAGAUUACCAAAUCAAGUAUGGCAUUCCACAACCUCAAGAUGAAUUAGUCGAGCAAGAUGAUCAGAAUGUGCAGUAUGAACAGGAUCCUCAGUAUCAACAAAAUGUCCAAUAUCAACAUCAACAGAAUGUGCAGUAUCAUCCUCAACAGAAUGUUCAAUAUCAUCAAAAUGUUCAAUAUCAUCAUCAAAAUGUGCAAUACCAACAAAAUGUUCAUUAUCAACAAAAUGUGCAAUAUCAACAAAAUGUGCAGUAUCAACAAUAG